AAUGAAGAAGAGAGGAGGGAGCACCGCUUUGAAUUCACAUGGCAAUUUACAUUUAGCUUAGGACACCCAAACGCCACACUAAUGCGAAUUGUGGGGGGGGCUGUUUCUGCUGUAACUGCUGCUGCUACCGGGGACAAGCUACUGCUUUGAUUUAAGUUUGAAGCCAACAAGAAGCAGAAAGCAAGCAAAGGGGGGGAAACGUGGAGUCGCCUCAAAUUAAGGCAACAACUUUGCCUGAAGAUCUAAAAGCAGGACAGCAUUUGUUGCCCAGACUUGAGCUGACCAGGAACAAAACUGCGAUGGUGCGCAAUUAAGCAGAAGAGGUGCUGCAGCUCUGGACCAAACAUAGCUGAUGCGUGUCCCAGUGAAGGACCUUUUGAAACACAACGCAAAGAAGCUGAACCGUUUAUACUCUGACAAUUGUGGAGCUCUGAGGACUCACAGGGACCAAAAGAGAUGGACUGAUACAAGUUUGGGUCCGACGUCUGGUUUCUGCUUUCUAUUACUUUGUUUUGGAGUAACAGAGGAACCGUGCAGAAGUGCUGUGCUACUGGACGGACUCGUGUAAUCAAGCUGGUUGAACAAAACUGAUGCCAAAGCCAGGAGUCAGCCAUGAUGUUUUGAUAACCUGAUGACCAGCACAGAGAUGGUGAGGAAGAAGAAUCCCCCUAUCCGGAGUGUGGGAGGUGAGGAGGAAGAGGAAGAAGAGGGGAGGAAGCCAACAGGAGAGGAAGAAGAUGAAGGCGACGAGGAGGAGAGAGUGGCAGCGGAAGCAGAUCGGAUAAACCGACCCUCCGAACCAGAGUCCUCUGAGCGGAUCCGAGGAAACGAGGAGCAAGACGAGGAGGAUGAAGCAGAGAGUGAGUGCAUCUCCUCUGUCGGUGAGCUCUACAUUAAUGAGGAGCGAGGGGGGAGGACUGCAGGCGGAGGGGCGAGGGCAAAACAAGCAUUAGCAGCACAGUGUGAGAGACCGGAGAGCCAGUUGGGAGCCGAGGACAGGGAGAGGGGAGCAGAAGGAGGGGAGACUGACCACCUCACUCCUCCUCUCCCUUCAGCACCUCGAGUCCUUUCCAGGCAGGAAGGGAGGGAGGAGUCAACCAAUGAAACCCCGGCACUCUCGUCCAGCCCUUCUCCCAAACUCCAGGACUUCAAGUGCAAUGUGUGUGGUUAUGGCUACUAUGGCAACGACCCUGCUGACCUGGUGAAGCACUUUAGGAAGUAUCACCUGGGUCUGCACAACCGCACACGACAGGAUGCUGCUCUUGACACCCAGAUCCUGGCCCUCCACAACAUGGUCCCCCAGCAUACAAACUUAGAUUUACAAAUAGGACAGGGAGCGAGAAGUCAAACCAAAGAGCUGGGGAAGGCGAGAGCUGAUGGACAGAAUCAGCAGCAGAGGACAGUUAUGAUGAACGGAGCGUACGACAUACAGGUGACGUUGGGUGGCACCUUAAUCGGAAUUGGCCGUAAGACGUCUGACUGCCAAGGGAACACUAAGUACUUCCGCUGCAAAUUUUGCAACUUCACAUACAUGGGCAGCAAUUCCUCGGAACUUGAACAACACUUUUUGUCCUCGCAUCCUAACAAAGUAAAAUCUCCCCCAACCACACCCCUGCUGGCCACCAACAGCCUGGCGACGCACGACAGUCAGCUAAAAGGGAGGAGUGUGAUGUUGGAUGCUGGCGAGCGGGUGGCGGUGCGAGCCGAAGACGACUCCGUGGUUGGGUACUUCAUCCCGGUCAGAGCGGGUUCUGACUCAUCGGGCUGGACGGGGGAGGCCGGUCGAGGGGCCAUACAGGCGUGUUAUUGGUGUAAACUCUGCAGUUGGAGUUGCGAGUGGUCAGAAGGUUCAGCUAAGCUUUUAGAGCACUAUGAACAAAGGCAUAAGGCUCCUUCUGGUGGUGCUAUAAGCCCUAACAGCUCUGGGAUUGACAGAGAGAGGGAGAGAGGAGGAAGAAAAGAUAGAGAGCAAGAUCACAUGGCAUCCAAAAGCUGCAAAGAUCACUUCACCACCAGCCAAGGAGACCCAAAAACUGGCGAUUCAGAAGCUGUCGUGACCAGCUACAACUGUCAGUUGUGCGAUUUCCGUUACUCGAUGGCCCACAGUGCGGACGUGAUCAUCGUUGCUCCGUUGCUGCUGCACUACCAGCACAACCACUCCAUCCACCGCUGUUGCAUUCAGCACUGCAUGUAUUGUCCUCAGGGGCUCUGCCAGCCCCAGAAACACCUGGGAGAGGUAUCCCACCCUUUUGCUUGCCGGAAGCCAACCUGUUCUAAAUGCUGUUCAAAGUUUCCUCAGCCUACCAAGCAGCAGGACGCGAUUGGUUCAAAACCCACUGCUGCCACCUCACCCAGCGUGACCCCUCCUAACCCAAGAGGUGACCCCAGUGUGAUUUCUGGUUCCACCUUUCACACCUCUAACCCGGCACAUCCUGUUGUUACACAAGGUGUCACUCACUUGUGCGACCAGUGUGCAUUUGCCACUACAGACAUUGAUGUGUUGCUGCAACACUAUGAGAGCUGUCACAGCAUAAUCAAACUAAAGGGGGCACCUCCACAAGUCAAGGCUGAAGAGGAGAGUGAAGGAGACAAGGAGGGAGGCAGAGGAGGAGCAGGAGAGACCGAGCACACUUGUACAAAGUGUAGCUUUGUCACACAAGUGGAAGAAGAGCUUUUUAGACACUACAGGCGUGUCCACGCGUGUUGCCGCUGCCGACACUGUGACUUCACUGCUCCUGAUUCAUCGGCCCUCCUCGACCAUUUUAAUUCUGCCCACUGUCAAGACGCCUCUCCUUCAUUAGGCUCUCAGCCCACCUCAAUGACACCGUCGCUGGCGCUUUCGGCCAAUGGGUGCUCAGCUCCCUCGACUUUAGCCAUUAAAGAGGAGAGCAAGGGGGAUCUACGACUUCUAUACUCUCUAGCUCCACCUGAGGGACGAUUGGCGGAGGCAGGCAGAGAGGAGCCCAGCGGUGUAGUUAAAAGCGAAGGAGUGGAGGAAAAAGAAAGAGAACGGGAGAAGGGUUGGGUUCUCGGAGAGACAAGAGGCCCGGGAGAAAGAGGAGGUGAGCAGGCCCACGGAUUACUCUGGGUACCCAAGGAGCGGAUGGGGCCCGAAAGAGUAGCAGAAAGAGGAGCAGGAGGUGGGAGCCCUCUCUUCCCCUCCCCGCUCUCCCUCUCUUUCGUUUCAGCCAAUCACGAGGGUUCGCAGCAGAAGAGAGGCAUGGCUUCGCCGGGCAUGGUUUACCUGGGAGACACCAAGCCAUUUUUGGGAGAUACCAAGUCGUUUUUGGGAGGAGGGAGACCAGGAGGAGCUACUGCAGGUGGAGGAGAGAAGCAGAGCCAGAUACCUUCACAACAGUAUCCAGGUGGAGGAGGAGGAAGUGGAGGUGCAGGAGCACAGGAGGGGAAAGGAGGAGCCACAAAAGAAGAAUCCCAGUCUCUGCUAAGACGACGCAGAGGUAGUGGGGUUUUCUGUGCAAACUGCCUGACCACCAAGACGUCGCUGUGGAGGAAAAACGCAAAUGGAGGCUACGUCUGCAACGCAUGUGGUUUAUACCAGAAACUGCAUUCGACUCCCAGGCCCCUGAACAUCAUCAAGCAGAACAAUGGCGAGCAAAUCAUUCGACGGCGGACCCGAAAACGCUUGAACCCUGAUACGUUGUCGUCCGAGAACCCGGCCCCAAAACAGCAGCGAAUCACCAGCGAGGAGCGUCUGAACGGUGAGGAGCUGGACACCAGGAGCUGCCCUUCAGUGAAAAGCCAGCAGCCUUCCCCACGCUCACGCUCCCCGCGGUCCACUCAAGCCUUCUUAGCCAAUCAGACUCUGGAGAUCCACAGGCGCAUGCCUCCCCUCCUCCUUCCCGCCAACUCUACACCAGUCAUGGUGGCCGAGAGCAACGGGGGCAUCACAGACGGGGGAUUAACGUCCAAACUAGAAGUGGGGAAAGGAGGAGGAUCAGAAAGGGGAAGUCCAAUUGAAAAGUACAUGCGUCCAUCUAAACCCUCAAGCUACUCUCCUCCGGGUUCGCCAAUUGAAAAAUAUCAGUAUCCGCUUUUGCCAUUACCUCUUCCUUUGACGCUGUCACCUGAUUUGACACCUGAAUCUGAUUGGCUCAGAUUUUGGACCAAGUAUAAGAUGGCAGCCACCUCUGGGAUCCCUGGUAGCAUCAGUAAUCUGAGUAGCCCGAGUGGGAUUGGAAAUAACGCCCAUCAUCUCGGAACCAUGGUGACCCCUGUACAGUAUCACCAGCAAAGCUACACGGUGCCUUACUGUGCUUCCCCUUACUCCCCUCUGCCGCCUCCUCCAGCCCCUGCUCACUACCCUCCUCCGCCUCCUCAUCACGCCCAAACAUUAUCCUCUGCAUCACCGGAGAACGACACUCCUUUGGAUCUUGCAAUAAGACAACGAGACACAAGCAACGCAACUAUGUAUGUGUCAAACGGUUCAGAAAGAAAAAGGAAGGAGUCGCCCCGAAGUGAGACCUCGAUGGGAAACUGGAAAGGUGAGAAGGAGCGUGAAGAGAUGGCAGAGGAAGGAAAACGUGAGUCAAGCAUUGUGUCGAACUGCUCGAAGGCAGACGCUGCCACACAGGAUGACCUCGCCAACCGGUGCACUCACUGUGGCAUCUACUUCCUGGACGAGGUCAUGUACGCCCUACACAUGAGCUGCCACGGCGACAAGGAACCGUACCAGUGUGGGUUUUGCCUCCAUGUAUGCGCGGACCGCUAUGACUUCACCACGCACAUACAGAGGGGCUUACACAAAACGCUGCCACCGCCACAGCAGCAGCAGAAGGAUCAUACACCAGACGGCAAAAGUCUUCAUGUAAUGGCAGCGCCAGAGUGUCGCAGUCAGACACCUGCGCCAAAAGAUGGAGGGAUCACAAGCGAAGAUGAUGAAGUCAUGAGUACAGAUCAUGAUGGUCAAGAAAAGGCAGAAACAGACAGUGGAAGUAUACAAGAAGUUGAAAAAGAGCAAGAAAGAAGUAAGGAAUUAUGUGGGAAAACAGCGUUGGAGGAUCAGAAAUCCCCCGAGAUAACAACUGUGGCAGAGUCUACGAAGUUAGAUGGGCUGACUGAUGGAAAUUAAACGACUCACAAAACGUUAAUAAUAUGUUAUUGGAGUAUUAGGCUUUGUGUUCCUGAAGGUUUGUUCAUUUCCUAUUGGGCGUAACCUUAAAAAGCACUCCCACUGUCAAAGGCUCAGAGAAAUAUAUUGCAGGACCCAGGUGAACUACAGCUGGGCAAGGGGAGAAACAGCCUGAAUCCUCCGGUGAGUUACGGCUUACCUGACAGAUUUGUGGCAGGGAGUCAACAGGGUGCUGGCAUCCAGCUGAAAUCACUUUUCAGAAAACAGUCGAUCUGCGUGCAUUCACAUAGGAGGAUCGGAGGCUGGACUAACAUAGCCAUCAAACAAGAGCAAAAAACAACUCGAAGUAUAACACUUGAACUUUGCUGCGUUGAUUUCAUCUGCUGCAUUUAACCUUUUUAUUUCAGAACAACCAGAUGUGAUCUGGUGAGAACUGCUGCGCUUUUGCCCAGAACAUGUUUAUUUUUCCUCUCAAAUGGAUCUCAAAAACCAAAAAACAAAACAAAACAAAAAAAAAACACUUUGUUUUGAGUAUUUUCAAACUGGUUUGCUUGAAACCAGCUAGGGCUUAUAUGCGGUUCAGUUGGUACGAAAUUGACCAGUUUCUUUCACUUUAUCCCAUGCUGUUUCUCAAACUGAUCCUGGAUCAAUGCAAAAUCUACAUGGUGGCUGAAAACUAGUCCUCACCCUUUUUGAAACUGCUUGAAUCCAGGUGAAACUGAUAAAACUGGUCUAAAGUCUUCAUCUGCUUGGAUGAAAAAAAAAAAAACACAAAAGACUUUAUUUUUUACUUUCCACUGUGCCAUGAUACUAGCUAUGUGCCUGGCUGCCUGCCUAAAUAGAACAACCAUUUAUUAACCUGCUUGACAUUUAUAUUAAUGAUAUAAAUAAUAAUGGAAAUAAGAAGAAGAACCAUGAUGGCAUCAUUAAUCGAAAAUGCAAUUUGCUACAUUUUUUUAUUUGUUGUUUUGUAAAGGUAAAAAAAAAAAAAGCUUUUUAAAGGAAAUGGUACUAUAAAAAUUAGUCUAUUUUAGUUCUCGUUUUUGUGUUUUUAAUGAGAUUUGUUACAUUGAUAAAAGCCGUCUAAAAAAAAAAAAAAAAAAAUGGUACAGCAGUGGAGGGGGUUGUGUGCGCACAUGUGCAUUUGUUUUACUGCAUUUACAGUGUGUAAAUGCACACUGUGUGAGGAUCGAAGGGUUUUCCGUCCCUAAACGAUGAUGUAAACAUAAUGAAUGCUAAUGCUCAGUUUCUUAGUCCUCAGGGGUCACACGUGCACACCAACCUGCCUUCAUCACAGCAUGUGACACAUCAUUUGUACACAUCAAAGGCUUGGUGAGAUAAGUGUUUUUAGCAUGUUGCGUCUUGUUUUCUUUGGUUCUUCCUAUAUAUGUUUCUAUUGUGUGUUGUUUUUCAUUUGGCAAUAGGCCAAUGUGUUUCUUUUUUUUAGGUUAUAAUUUUUCUUAAUGUCUACAUGUGUUUAAGUUACUAAGUGUAUUAGAGAGACUUCAGAAAUUAGGGAGCAAAACCCAACAUUUUAACUGUAUAAACUAGUCUUAAGAGAUCCUUGCCUACAGUGUUUAAUGUCUUAUUGCUCAGAGUUAGAAACAAAAAGUUACCUUUAUGUAGCACAUUACAGCAUCUUCAUAAGUUUGGAAAAUCUGUUGCCUUUGUAAUGGAUGGAAACUGUUACUUUUUUUUUUUUUUACCUUAAAUAUUACAGAAAGCCUUCAUAAGAAAAGAAGUAUAAUUAGAUUUUAAAUCCUGAAGUAUAGAAAAAGUUCUCAAAGGUAUUUGUUUUGUUUGUUUCUUUUUCCCGGAGUCCCCUCAAUCAGUUGAAAGACAUGUUGGUUAUCUUACCUGUUGUCAAAACAGAGACUUCUUUAGCCUCGCUGCCUUAGAUGCUGGAAAACAAAAGAAAAGAGAACCCUUUGCUGGAUAUCAAAGACAGGGAAGGAACAAGAUAAGAAUCAGGACAAAAACUAUUUUUUAUAUUUAUUCAAAAGAUGUUAAAGAAUAAAAUAUCCACUUGGUGCCUGCUAACUAUACAUUUUUUAAAAGACAUUGACAUUGAUACAAUAAUUUUCUCCAUAAUGAUUAUGUUCCUAGUUUUAAGGAAUGCUACAGAAUCAAAAUGUCACAGUUUCAAAGACGGUGUCAUUUUGUGUCACGUCAUUCUCACGGUUCCCACAGGCAAAGACAGUAUGGGGUUUUCUCCAUGUGCAUGAUUUCAAAAUACCACAACGCCUCCACCCUUUUGUCAGUCCACUGUGUUUUUGUCUAAAUUAUGAAGUCAAAUAAUUUACUUCCUCUCAAAAUGGUUGUACUUUUCUUCCUCUAUUCAAACGUACAAUUAGCACCACAAGUUCAAAUAAAGAAUCCAGAAAAUAAAACUAAUAAAUCCUUCUACUCAAAUUUACAGUUAGCAUUUAAGGUUGUAAUGAACACAUGACUGAUAUUAGGCAUCAUGCAAUAACUGGUCAAACUUUUCAUUUUUAGUCUCCAAAGCAGGAACCAUGUUUCUCUGUGGUUAAUGUAUCAUCAAACUUGUCAGCUUACUUUCCAUGUUUGCACACUACCUUCUAGAAAUGAGCCAUAUCUCUCAAAGAACCAAUCUCCAGUGUUUUGGUCUUCAGUAAAGGCAUUACAUAUUGUGUAAUUGAUAUUAUUUGCUAAAUAAUAAUACGACUAUAUACGGUACCUCCAAUAAAACUGGUUUUAAAUUAGGACCAACAUUGAAUUUCAUCUUGAAACUGAGAAACUGAACAUAAAACAUUUUCAGUGAAUUGUACAAUUUUGAAGAGAAAAAUGCAAUUAUGGUGGAGAAUAAAAAAAACAUUGCUAGUAAAUAUAAAAAUAAACAUUUGCAUUCAGUGGAUUUGUUUAAUCAUUGAUCUAUAAGAAGAUUAAUUUAAACUGACAAGCCAGCUUUAUACUUCUCAUAAGAUUCUGAAAUAAAGCUGCAGGUUGUUUGUGCAAUAUAAUUACUGAAGUCGUUGAAGUCUAGGUUAAGGAGUUGGCUGUUUUUUAUUCUUUUGUCCUUAUUUCAAAGAAAGACUCCUUAUCUCCAUUAACUGUAACAUUUUAAAUUUGAUUUUACUAAAAAAUGUUACCCAAUAUGCAAUGUCUGGGGAUGUUCAGCAAACUUGUCAUUCAAACUUUAUUGCAUUUUAUUUUUGGCAAUAUUUUGUCCUGUUUGUUGUUUUUUUUGUUUUUGUUUUUUUUAAUGAACGUUAAAUUCAAACUUUUGAUCUGUUAAGGGGCUUCUAGUAUAUAAAGAAUGUUUACAUCUGUAUUUGUAGCAAAACAAAACAAACAAUGCACUGUUUUUUUAAGACAACAAUGGAGUGGAUGGAAGGAUGUUGGCUGAGAUGGAAGGAUAGGAGCAUUUGAAGAAUUUGUGGGAGACAAUGAGACGUACAGUAGCUGAUAGAAAUGUUUUAUUGGCUUUUCCUUUGACUGUGUGCUGAUUUGAAUCUAUGUGUAACAGUACAUCUCAGUCAACUCCUUAUUGUCCUUUCAAUAACCUGCCUUCUCUCAGCAUCAUGUGUUUUCAGUGAUUUACAAAGCAGAGUGAACAAGUUUUUCAAGGUUUUGAAUCAGAGUUUUGUGCUGUUUUCAAAAUGUUCACUCAUUUACUGACAAACUCAUACUAAAUUUAACAGGAAGAGUCAAGAUUUCAUGCGUUUGAAGCUUUGGUUGUUUUUGACCUGAUUUUUAAGUUACAAAAUAAGGCAGUAUCGUACAAAUCACACCUCAGUUCAUAUUCAUAUCAUGAAUAUUUUAUAUCCUUAUUGACAGAUAUUCAGUCAAUACUUUACAUUUUUUUAUCUGUUCCUGUUAGUUCAAAUGUACAAAAAAGUGUUUUGACAGGAAAGGGCCAUUAAAGUCAGUCUUCUUUAUUGUCAAUUCCUGUACUAGACAUACAGUGAGGUUUCUCAACAUCCCCCCGUGAAACUAAAAACGUAGAGAUAUUGCAUAGCAAUAAAUAAGAACAAAUAAUAAGGAAUAAAAUAUUCCAUAAUUUAUACAAAAGUACAACAGUAUUAUUAAAAUUUCCCAUGAACCAGAUAUUAUAUACAAUUUAUAAAACACAAACUCCUUCAUAGUUCACAGCUUAGAUGGAUAGAGCUCAUGGGAGAGAAAGAAGGAAGGGGGCAAAUCUGCAGCAAAAAAUCCUGUGGGAAUUAAUAGCUUUGUUCAAUGAGGUGCAAGAUCUACACCUACGCCACGUGGUUCUCCAUAAAUGCCUAUUUUAAAACGUUAAAAUUAAAAACGAACUCCAUAGUGAAAGAGUGGACAAUUUGAACACAGCAGUAGCUACUCAAGAGUUUAAAUGCUGACAUAUCCAACUAAUUUAAGUGUUGUACAGUUGACUUGAACUAGGCUCUGGUUGGUUCAAAGCUAUUUACUGGGUUUUGUCAUUAAUUUCAAGAUGGUUCAUAUCCAGAGAACCAACAUUAAACAGGAAUACAACAUAAGUUCUCCCCUGUAUUUUUAUUUUUUAUUAUGUUUUAUGGACUUCUUAGAAACAUUUCUAGGGGACUGUGAAAAAAGGGGUAUAUGAACUGUUAUUUUGGCUAAUUCUGGCGUGAAAAGUCAUUUUGAUGAACCAGAGAGAUUUCUCGGUAGGCUGGGGGCCAAAUAACAUUUUUUUUUUCUUUAUGCCAUGAUGUUUCCGUGUCUUAAUUUUUGAAGGAAAAUAUUUUCUCUGUUACUAAGUUGAAAGCAAAAAAACAACAUCCUUGAUAGUGAAAACUUUGUUCUUGCACACUGAGUUUGUUAAAGCCCUUCAAAAAUCUGGUCCCAUUUGACAAUGUGCUUUUGUUUUCUGACCAGCUUUUUGACAAUGUUGCACCCAUUUAAGGAAACUGUACUAAACCAUAAGUACACUUGCGUCUUUAUGAAUGUUGGGAUUUAAACUUUUAGAUCAUGGUAACGAUUAUGCAAAUAUGCUAAAAAAACAAACAAAAUUCAAAACGUACAUAAAAAAAGUUAGGGUCUGGAGAAUACAUGGUUUUGUUUUAAAUUAGUGAUUACUGUAUGCUUUUUGGUAGGGUUGAUGCCCUCUCAGGAGCGGGCAUGACGCCAUGCAUUCAAAGGUUACUGUAACAGAAAUGGCACCAUACUGAGUGCUCAUUUCAACUCGGUUGGAGACCACGGACUUCAGACUUUAUAAAAGUAGCAUUUUUAUAUUGCUUUUGUUUUUUUUAUUCACUUCCAAAUAAAACCAGAUCAAUCGUUUUCGCAUUUACUGCUCAUUCAGCAAACGUUUUGUGACCAGGUAGUGCUUGAAUGCAUAUGACACCCAUUUUUCCGAUUUCAUCAAAUGCACCACAUUUCUAAAACAUAAUGAAAAACCGUUUCUGUCCAUGUGAUAGCAUGUUGGCGUGAGAGAGCGGCUCUGGGAGAGUUUUGGAGACGGGAAGAGAACGGAGCGUAGUGACCUUUUUUGAUUUUCGGCGAGUUUUUUUUUUUUGGACUACAAGUGUGUCCAAAGAGUUUGUGACCUUAAAGUGUAAUGGCAUUUUGAAUCAGCGUUUACAUUGGGAGGCCUUAUCACAUGUUUUGUCUUUGUCAGAAUGUGCUCUAGGAAUUGAUGCUAUUGCUUGCACUCCAUUUAUUAUGUUCUUAUUGCCAAGGAAGGGACAACACACCUACACACAUAGGUACAUAGUGAGCGUAGAUUUUGGGGUGAACAGUGUUAACUAAGGCUAGUUUAGUUCUGGCUGACAAUACACGCACACUCAUACACAGUACAUGUUUAUGUUUAAUCAGUUUGUUGUAUUAGGAGUUUGUCUCUUCUAUGUUGAAUGGCUUUUCUAGGGAAGGUUAUUUUUAGGUUACGUUUUUCUCUCAUGUUAUUUUAUUCUGCUACCUUUCUGUAUGUUAUUGUUUUUUUUUUUUUUUUUUUUUUUUAGUUUUGUGUCAUGCAAAAAUGAUAUUUCAGCUACAUAUUUUGACAGCCAAGAAAAGUUUGUUACACAGCUAAACUUGAAGAAUAGUGAUGACGAUUAUGAUAAUAAUAAAUAAUAAAAGUUAUAACAAACGUU